UCUGUCAACAUGUUGCCGUCUGUGUUGCUGCUGCUGUUAAUCAGCGGAGCUCAGGCUGCUUAUUAUGGUGCAGUCUUUACCUACGCCGUUGGAAACCUUCCGCCAGGUGGAUAUCCAGCAGUCAAAGACUUUAAGGCGAGCUUCAGCUCAUGUGAAGAGUUCGACUCUCGGGUUUGUUAUGGAGACUGUAGUGGGAUGCCAGUUUAUCCAGUCGAUGAAAUCAGAGGUGAAUGGUGUCAGAAGGGAUACACUUGGAGUUACUACCCUUCAUAUCUGGGUGUAAACAAUGGAGAGUUUGAUGCUACAAACUGGAUAGGAAACAGAAAUGGGAUUGAAACGUCAAAAGCAGUUUUGCACUUUGACUAUAGAAAACGUUCUGACAUCAACAAACCAAACUCAUCACCCCAAACCGCCAUCAUCCCCAUGUUCAGAGUUCCUUCAAACUGCCACAGAAACAUCAACUUGUCGGUCUCUGACCCAGAUGGAGACGACGUUCGAUGCAGAUAUGCAGCUGAUCCAGAGUGUUUCACCUGCACACCUCCACCUGUCCUCAACGUUUCAUCAUCUUGUUCUCUGUCAUUCAGUCCCACUAACAGCAGCGCUGAAGGUCCGUAUGCGGUUCAGAUGGUGGUGGAGGAUUUUCCCAGACACAACGUCACUCUGACUGAUAGCUUUGGUGUUCAGUCGGUGAAAACUACCAGCGCUGCCAUCAGCAGAAUCCCUGUCCAGUUUGUUUUCAGAGUGGAUCCUGCAGCUCCGUCCUGCACAGAAGGUGAAUAUCUGCCCAGGUUUCUGCCUCCAACUCCUGAACAUGGAGCUCAGAUCCUCACCAACUUUAACCAGGCUCUGAAAAUCAGCAUCAGAGCAGAAGCAACCCAGGCUGAGAUCUCUGAGCUCCUGUUCAGCGGACCGCCCCGUUUAGCCAAGAGUUCAUCUGGAUCAGGAAACUUCACCCUGACAUGGACACCACCUGCCAGUGACGGAGGACUGAAACAAACUAUCUGCUUUGUUGUCCAGGCAAAUUCCUCCGGCUCUGUGUACCAGUCUGACCUUCGAUGCGUCUUUGUGACGACUGGAAACACGCCUGUUCCCCCUCCAACUACGGCUGCACCCACAUCACCACCACCACCCAGUUAUAGACUCAUGUCUAGUUUAACAACCCAACCUUCAGUUACCCCUCCACCAACAACAACUACACUCACAACUACAACCAGCCAACUCACCACAACUACAUCUCCACCACCAACAACUACACUCACAACUACAACUACAUCUCCACCAACUGCAACUUCGGUCACAACUACAACCAGCCAACCCACCACAACUACAUCUCCACCACCAACAACUACACUCACAACUACAACUACACCUCCACCAACUGCAACUUCGGUCACAACUACAACCAGCCAACCCACCACAACUACAUCUCCACCACCAACAACUACACUCACAACUACAACUACAUCUCCACCAACUACAACUACAACCAGCCAACUCACCACAAACCACCACAACUACACCUCCACCUACUACAUCUACGACUAUGCUGACUCCUACUACCAGUCUACUCCACCAACUGCACCCCCAAUUACAACCAGCCAAACCACCACAUCUCCACCAACUACAACUCUCACAACUGCAACUACACUCACAACUACAACUACACCAACUGCAACUUUGGUCACAACUACAACCAGCCAACCCACCACAACUACAUCUCCACCACCAACAACUACACUCACAACUACAACUACAACUACACCUCCACCACCAACAACUACACUCACAACUACACUCACAACUACACCUCCACCAACUGCAACUUCGGUCACAACUACAACCAGCCAACCCACCACAACUACAUCUCCACCACCAACAACUACACUCACAACUACAACUAGACCUCCACCACCAACAACUACACUCACAACUACACCUCCACCUCCACCAACUGCAACUUCGGUCUCAACUACAACCAGCCAACCCACCACAACUACAUCUCCACCACCAACAACUACACUCACAACUACAACUACAUCUCCACCACCAACAACUACACUCACAACUACAACUACACCUCCACCAACUGCAACUUCAGUCACAACUACAACCAGCCAACCCACCACAACUACAUCUCCACCACCAACGACUACACUCACAACUACACCUCCACCAACUGCAACUUCGGUCACAACUACAACCAGCCAACCCACCACAACUACAUCUCCACCACCAACAACUACACUCACAACUACAACUAGACCUCCACCACCAACAACUACACUCACAACUACAACUACAUCUCCACCACCAACAACUACACUCACAAUUACAACUACACCUCCACCAACUGCAACUUCAGUCACAACUACAACCAGCCAACCCACCACAACUACAUCUCCACCACCAACAACUACACUCACAACUACAACUACAUCUCCACCAACUACAACUACAACCAGCCAACUCACCACAAACCACCACAACUACACCUCCACCUACUACAUCUACGACUAUGCUGACUCCUACUACCAGUCUACUCCACCAACUGCACCCCCAAUUACAACCAGCCAAACCACCACAUCUCCACCAACUACAACUCUCACAACUGCAACUACACUCACAACUACAACUACACCAACUGCAACUUCGGUCACAACUACAACCAGCCAACCCACCACAACUACAUCUCCACCACCAACAACUACACUCACAACUACAACUACAACUACACCUCCACCACCAACAACUACACUCACAACUACACCUCCACCAACUGCAACUUCGGUCACAACUACAACCAGCCAAACCACCACAACUACAUCUCCACCACCAACAACUACACUCACAACUACAACUAGACCUCCACCACCAACAACUACACUCACAACUACAACUACACCUCCACCACCAACAACUACACUCACAACUACAACCAGCCAACCCACCACAACUACAUCUCCACCACCAACGACUACACUCACAACUACACCUCCACCAACUGCAACUUCGGUCACAACUACAACCAGCCAACCCACCACAACUACAUCUCCACCACCAACAACUACACUCACAACUACAACUAGACCUCCACCACCAACAACUACACUCACAACUACAACUACAUCUCCACCACCAACAACUACACUCACAAUUACAACUACACCUCCACCAACUGCAACUUCGGUCACAACUACAACCAGCCAACCCACCACAACUACAUCUCCACCACCAACAACUACACUCACAACUACAACUACAUCUCCACCAACUACAACUACAACCAGCCAACUCACCACAAACCACCACAACUACACCUCCACCUACUACAUCUACGACUAUGCUGACUCCUACUACCAGUCUACUCCACCAACUGCACCCCCAAUUACAACCAGCCAAACCACCACAUCUCCACCAACUACAACUCUCACAACUGCAACUACACUCACAACUACAACUACACCAACUGCAACUUCGGUCACAACUACAACCAGCCAACCCACCACAACUACAUCUCCACCACCAACAACUACACUCACAACUACAACUACAACUACACCUCCACCACCAACAACUACACUCACAACUACACCUCCACCAACUGCAACUUCGGUCACAACUACAACCAGCCAAACCACCACAACUACAUCUCCACCACCAACAACUACACUCACAACUACAACUAGACCUCCACCACCAACAACUACACUCACAACUACAACUACGCCUCCACCAACUGCAACUUCGGUCACAACUACAACCAGCCAACCCACCACAACUAGAUCUCCACCACCAACAACUACACUCACAACUACAACUACAUCUCCACCACCAACAACUACACUCACAACUACAACUACACCUCCACCAACUGCAACUUCGGUCUCAACUACAACCAGCCAACCCACCACAACUACAUCUCCAACACCAACGACUACACUCACAACUACACCUCCACCAACUGCAACUUCGGUCACAACUACAACCAGCCAACCCACCACAACUACAUCUCCACCACCAACAACUACACUCACAACUACAACUAGACCUCCACCACCAACAACUACACUCACAACUACACCUCCACCUCCACCAACUGCAACAUCGGUCUCAACUACAACCAGCCAACCCACCACAACUAGAUCUCCACCACCAACAACUACACUCACAACUACAACUACAUCUCCACCACCAACAACUACACUCACAACUACAACUACACCUCCACCAACUGCAACUUCGGUCACAACUACAACCAGCCAAACCACCACAUCUCCACCAACUACAACUCUCACAACUGCAACUACACCAACUGCAACUUCGGUCACAACUACAACCAGCCAACCCACCACAACUACACCUCCACCACCAACAACUACAACUACACCUCCACCAACUGCAACUUCGGUCACAACUACAACUACACCUCCACCACCAACGACUACACUCACAACUACAACUACACCUCCACCAACUGCAACUUCGGUCACAACUACAACCAGCCAACUCACCACAAACCACCACAACUACACCUCCACCUACUACAUCUACGACUAUGCUCACUCCUACUACCAGUCUACUCCACCAACUACAACCAGCCAAACCACAACAACAACUACACUUCCUGGAACCUCCAUCACAACCUCAGCGCUGGACGCAGGACCAUAUUAUGUUUUGGCUCUAAAUGCAAAGAUCUCCACCACACUGUCAAUGGAGACUGACUCUGGAACCAUCAUAAACCUGAUCGAAGAUGAGCUGAUAAGACAAGGACUGCCGUCAGACAUAAUGGUGGAGCUGCUCAGCAGUGGAGCAGUAAAAUUUACAACAGUCGCCCCCUAGUGGCUAAACAUGAGAAUGAAUUUGAUCUUGAAACGUGACUUUAUAUUUCUCGUUUUUCUUUAAUCUCUCAUCUGCAUCAUGGAGUUAUAGUUAUUUGAAUCAAUGAAAAUGAAAGUUUAUAAU